GAGAGAGAGAGAGAGAGAGAGUGAUUAUUGAUUGGGUUAUGUGAAACAAAGAUUGUACGAAAAAUGGCGUGUGUAGAUUUUCACGGCGAUAAUGGUAUUAAUUUGAUGGAGGAGCCGAGUAUCGAGACGGAUAAAUUGAGCUACGAGAUUUUCUCCAUACUCGAGAGCAAAUUCCUUUUUGGGUACGACGAUCGGAAGCUCUGGGUCCCGCUGCAGGCGAAGGACGGCCUCGUUUCCGCCGCCGCCGCCGACGGCGGCGGCGGUCCCCAGGCGGCGAAGAACCAGAGGGGGAAAAUCUGCGUCCUAAGCGUGGACGGCGGCGGGAUGCGGAACGUCGUCUCGGGCAAGGCGCUGUCGUACCUGGAGGCGGCCCUGCAGAGGAAAUCGGGGAACCCGGAGGCGCGUGUCGCCGACUACUUCGACGUCGCCGCCGGGAGCGGCGUCGGUGGCAUCUUCACGGCGAUGCUCUUCGCCGCGGACGGCGGGGGGCGCCCGAUCUUCCGCGCCGACGACACGUGGAAGUUCCUCGCGGCGGAGGGCAGAGGGUUCUACCGACCACCUGCCAGGCCGCGCAGGCGCGGCCUCCUCGGCCGCAUCUUCGGCGGCGGCGGCGGCGCAUCCGCCGCCGCAGGCGGCGCCGGGCUGGAGAAGGCGAUGAGGGAGGCGUUCAGGGACGGGGGGACUGGGCGGAGCCUGACGCUGAAGGACACGCUGAAGCCGGUGCUCAUUCCGUGCUACGACCUGUCCAGCUCGGCGCCGUUUCUGUUCUCGCGAGCCGACGCGCUGGAGACGGACAGCUACGAUUUCAACCUGUGGGAGGUCUGCCUGGCGACCGCGGCCGAGCCGGGCCUGUUCGAGCCGGUUUGCAUGAAAUCGGUCGACGGGUCGACCCGGUGCGUAGGGGUCGACGGCGGCCUGGCGAUGAAUAACCCGGCGGCGGCCGCGAUCACGCACGUGCUGCACAACAAGCAGGAGUUCCCGUUCGUGAGGGGGGUCGAGGACAUUUUGGUACUUUCGAUUGGGGCCGGCGGGCAGCUGCUGGAGGGCAGCUUCGAGUACGAAGAGGUCAGGAAGUGGAAGGCUCGGGAUUGGGCUCGGCCGCUGGCUCGGAUCUCCGGCGAGGGCUCGGCGGAGAUGGUGGACCACGCGGUGGCGAUGGCGUUUGGGCAGAACCGGGCAAGUAAUUACAUUCGGAUUCAGGCAAAUGGUUCGAGCUCCGUUAGAUGUGGGGUCAACGUUGACUCUGAUCCAAGCCCAAGCAAUGUAAAAGCUCUGAUUGAGAUAGCUGAUGAGAUGCUGAAACAGAAAAACGUAGAGUCUGUUCUAUUUAGUGGCAAGCGAAUUGGCGAACAAAGCAAUUUUGAAAAACUCGACUGGUUUGCCGAGCAACUUGUGUUAGAGCAUCAGCGAAGAAGUAACCGUAUAGCUCCAACUGUCGCAUUCAAGCAAGCAGCCACCCGAAAACAUCCUUAAAAAACAUCCCUAAAGCAGUUAAUCAAAAUAUCCAUUCAAUGUGAGGAAAGGAAAAACGGUAAAAAAGAUGUAUGAACUAGGAAAAAGGUUCCCUUGAAGAAGAAAAAGAGAAAAAAGGGUGGAAGACUUGAAAUGAAGUAGUAUAUAGGUUGGCUUUUACUUUUGAGGUAGGAAAAAUAUUAGAAGUGGGGUUGUGUGAAAAUGACUUUUUCAACUCUAGAGAAAAAAGAAAG